AAAAAAAAUAAAAUAUGGACGCAGAAACGAAAAAAGAAAAUUUAUCAAAUUUAGAGACAGAUAAGGAAAAAUUAUUAAAAAUACAAAUUAAAUUAGCAAAAACAAUUCAAGAAGAAGCGACCAACCUUUUGAUUAAUUUUCGUUGCGAUCUUGAAUCUUACUAUGUCAUUACUACUGAACGAAAUCCAGAUAAUAUAAUUAGUCGACUUUCUGAAAACACAAGCGCACUAUUACAAAUUAAUAAACUUUUGACCAAACUUAAAAAUAACCAAAUUCAAAUCAGAGUCUUUAAAAAAAGAUAUCAACAACAACUAAGAAAAGCGUCAUGGGCACAUGAAAGAAAAAAAAGAGUCAAUUACGAAAAAAACAUAGAAAUAUUCGAUGAAAUUAAAAACAAAAUUAAAAAAAAACCAUUUUGCGAUAAUAACGAUCCAAUGCAUGAACCAUUUUGUAUUAAACAAGAAAGCAUAUCAGAAGACUCGAGCAAACAAGAAGAAUUGUCAGAUGACGAUUUAAACUUUAAAUAAUUU